CCGGAGACGCCGGGAUCGCUGGCGCUGGCUGAGCCACAGGCUGCUGGGAGGCCGUGUCCGCCGGCCGGCGGGGCGGGGCGAGGCGAGGCGAGGCAGCCGGGCCCUACAUGUCAGGCCUGAGACCUGGGAGGAAGCUGGAGAAAAGAUGCCCUCUGAAUCUUUCUGUUUGGCUGCCCAGGCUCGCCUUGACUCCAAAUGGUUGAAAACAGAUAUACAGAUGAUAGUGUGGAACCAAGUGGAACAAAGAAAGAAGGUCUGAAUGACAAAGGGAAAAAAGAUGAAGAAGAAACUCUUGCACCUGUAUAUAGGGCCAAGUCAAUUCCGGACAGCUGGGUAUGGGACAAGCAACCAGGGAUAUUCACGGAACGCCAAGCACCAAAGGGCCAGAAGCAUCCCCCUGCAGGACCAGCACUUGGCCCUGGCCAUCCUGCUGGAGCUGGCUGUGCAGAGAGGCACGCUGAGGAUAUUGAAGCCAAAAAAGAAGCACAGAAGGAAAAUGAACUUGAUGAACAGGAAGCAAAUGCCUCAACAUUUCAUAGAAGCAGGACUCCAUUGGAUAAAGACCUUAUUAAUACAGGGAUCUGUGAGUCUUCUGGCAAACAGUGUUUGCCUCUCGUUCAGCUCAUACAACAGCUUCGUAGAUGUGAAAAGAGGGGUCCAAGGAGCUCAAGAAAUUUGCCCUAAGCCAUGUCCCUCGCAGAUGGAGAGAGAGGUAGGAUUCAAACCCGGAAUUCUUAACCAGUACCCGGCAGUUCUUCCUUCCACAAUCUUAACAGUUACCCUUGACCUCCCCUUGUGCCCCCUGUCCUCAGGAGACCGGCCAUCCUCAGGUGAACGGCAACCACCGGAAGUGGUUGUCUCAGGGUUAGUGCC